AUGGCCAGGCAGCUCGUGUCUGGAGAGCUGCUGCUGAAUUUCUCCAACAACGAUUCAUGGAAUAACGUGACCGCGCGCCCGGAGAGCGGCGCGGCGGCGGAGCGGAACAGCGCGGCGUUCCGCGCCGGACUAGCGACGACUUUAGCGCUCAUCACCCUGGCGACCACCCUCUCCAACGCCUUCGUCAUCGUGACCAUCUACAAGUCCCGGAAGCUCCACACUCCGGCCAACUUCCUGAUCGCGUCCCUGGCGCUCACGGACCUGCUGGUGUCGGUGCUGGUGAUGCCCAUCAGCGCGCUCUACACCGUCCUGCAGACCUGGACUCUGGGGCAGGUCAUGUGCGACAUCUGGCUCUCCUCCGACAUCACCUGCUGCACCGCGUCCAUCCUGCACCUGUGCGUCAUCGCGCUGGACCGAUACUGGGCCAUCACGGACGCGGUGGAGUACGCCAAGAAGCGCACGCCGAGGCGCGCGGCGGGGAUGAUCGCGACCGCGUGGGUCAUCGCCAUCUCCAUCUCCCUGCCGCCGUUCUUCUGGAGGCAGGUCAAAGCGGAGGAGGUGACGAGCUGUAACGUGAACACGGACCACAUCUUCUACACCAUCUACUCCACCUUUGGCGCCUUCUACAUCCCCACGCUGCUGCUGAUCGCGCUGUACGGACGCAUCUACGUGGAGGCGCGGAAGCGCAUUCUAAAACAGUCCAACAACAAGCCCGGGAAGAGGCUGACCUCUGCGCAUCUCAUCACCAACUCCCCCGGCUCCGUGGCGUCCACCACGUCCCUCAACUACGGCACGAACAGCGAGCCGCCGUCCUGCUGCGAGCCGUCCUCGUCCCCGUGCAGUCAGGUCAAAGUCACGGUGUCGGACGCGCUGCUGGAGAAGAAACGCAUCUGUGCCGCGAGAGAGCGCAAAGCCACCAAGACCCUGGGCAUCAUCCUGGGCGCGUACAUCGUGUGCUGGCUGCCCUUCUUCAUCUACACGCUGCUCGAGCCCUCGUGCGCCUCUUGUUUCCACGCGGAGCUCUUCGACAUCUUCACGUGGCUCGGGUACCUCAACUCCCUCAUCAACCCGAUCAUCUACACCAUGUCCAACGAGGACUUCAAACAGGCGUUCCACAAAAUGAUCCGCUUCAGGUGGUGCCGCGGGCGCGCGUAG